UCCGCGUUGAAACCCAAGAAGCAGAGCCGAGCAGAUUUCCUUGCUCUUGACUUUGCAUUCCACCCUACCCUGACCUCGUCGUCCAAAUCCACAUCCGGAAAUUCCAUCGCCAUGGAUCCCUUCCACCACCUCAACUCCUCCUUCUCCAGCCCUUACCACUCGCUCCUCUCGCCGUCCCCUCCCCUCCCGCCUCCUCUCGCCGCCGAGCCGCCCGCGGGAGCAGCCCUCGAGCGCGAGCGCCUGCCGCAGUGGUCGCACGCCGAGACGGCCGCGUUCCUGGCCAUCCGCGCCGAGCUCGACCACUCCUUCCUCACCACCAAGCGGAACAAGGCGCUGUGGGAGGCCGUCUCCGCGCGCCUCGGCGCGCAGGGUUUCUUCCGCACCCCCGACCAGUGCAAGUCCAAGUGGAAGAACCUCGUCACCAGGUUCAAGGGCAGCGAAACGGCGGCGGACGCCGAUCCUGCGGCGGCGGCGCAGGCCAGGCAGUUCCCGUUCCACGACGAGAUGAGGAGGAUCUUCGACGCCAGGGUCGACUGGGCGCGCGCAUUGGAGAGGAAGAAGGCUAAAGGAAAGGAUGUGCGACCGGAGGACGACGAAGCCGGCGGUGACGGAGAGGAGGACGACGGGGAAGAGGAGGAGCUCGAGGUGGAGAUGGCAGAGGAGGAGGCCGGCAGGGUGGCAUCGGAGGCGAGGGGCGGUGGGGCGAAGAAGCGCAGGCGGAAGCAGGAGGCGGCGAGGACUAGGGCGGCGGAUCAGGGCGAGGUGGAGGCGAUGCUGCGGGAGUUCAUGCGGCGGCAGGUGGAGAUGGAGGAGCGGUGGAUGGAGGCGGCCGAGGCGCGCGAGGCUGAGCGCCGCGCGCGCGAGGAGGAGUGGCGCACCGCCAUGGUCACACUCGGCGAGGAGCGGCUCGCGCUCGUGCGCCGCUGGCGCGAGCGCGAGGACGCGUGGCGCGCGCGCGCCGAGGAGCGCGAGGAGAGGCGACACCAGCUCGUCGCCGCCCUGCUCGCCAAGCUCGGUGGCGACUCCUCGUGAUCAAUCCCCAUCCAUCCAUGCACACUCGCUGGAGCAACAAUUGUUGGAGAAGCCCGCGUCGGCCGGAUAGCUAUGCUACUUUAGAUGAUCACUAGUGAUCGAUCAAUUACAUCUUUGUUGAUUAGGGUUUCUUUAGACCGCUAGCUAUUGAUCGAGAGAAAAGGAAAGCUAGGUGUGUUCAGGUUGUGAAAAGGGUUUGCAACUCAUGAAAUCUUUGUUUGGCCAGCCUAUAGUUAGCAGCUCUGGUCUUAUCAGCUUCAGGAGCUGCCUGAGCUUUCUGGCUUUCCAAGUGCAUGGAUGCAUGCCUUUACAUGAUCAAUCGAUGUGCGCCUUCUC